UAAUUGUCAUUUGUCAAAAAUGGCGAAUCGAACAGUGAAGGACGCUAAAUCAAUUCGAGGAACAAAUCCUCAAUAUUUAAUUGAAAAGAUUAUUAGAUCUCGAAUUUACGAUUCUAAAUAUUGGAAAGAAGAAUGUUUUGCAUUAACAGCCGAAUUACUAGUCGACAAAGCCAUGGAGUUGCGAUAUGUCGGCGGGGUUCACGGGGGUUUUAUUUACCCCACUCCUUUUUUGUGUUUAGUGUUAAAAAUGUUACAAAUUCAGCCAGAGAAAGAUAUUGUCGUUGAAUUUAUAAAAAACGAAGAAUUUAAGUACGUCCGUGCAUUGGGUGCCUUUUACAUGAGACUUACAGGUUCCUCAGUUGACUGCUAUAAGUAUCUUGAGCCUUUGUAUAAUGAUAAUAGGAAAUUACGGCGGCAAAAUCGCCAAGGACAGUAUGAAAUAGUCCACAUGGAUGAAUUUAUUGACGAGUUAUUACGUGAAGAACGCUUGUGUGAUGUAAUUUUACCGAGAAUACAAAAAAGACAUGUCUUAGAAGAAAACAAUGAAUUAGAUCCUAAGGUUUCAGCAUUAGAUGACGAUUUAGAUGAGGAAAUGCCUUCAGAUGAAGAUAUUGUAGAGCCAGAAACCAAAGAGAACAGAAGAGAGAGUGAUAGGAAGGACAGAGAACGAAGAAGAGAUAGAUCGCGUGACCGACUUAAAAUAAUUAAUGAUCGACGCGAAAAAGAUCAUAAAAGAGAUCGUUCAAGAAGUAGAGAUCGCGACCGAAGGCGUGAAAGAGAACGUGAACGUGAAAGGGAGAGAGAACGACCAAGAGAAAGAGAACGGGUUAAAGAUAGAAGAGAUCGCCAUGAACCUGAAAGGAGAAGAGACAGAGGCAGAUAUUAAAAUUAUCUUAGUUAAAUGUCAAAUAAAGUCUUACAAGUUGUCAAAAUUAAAGUGUUAAAACCAAAAAUGAAUCAGAAUAAAUUCAUAUGCAUAACCUAUUUUUAAGACAUGCCUGUUAUAUGUUUGAAGUCCCAUAACCCAAAAGCAUCAAUACAUAACAUAACAGCAGCCAACUCUAAAAAAAUACUAAAGCCAAAUAUAUUCUAAGAUAUUUUUGAUGAACUAUACAGCGCCACAUGAAUGUUGGGAGAAUAAAAUCAAUCAAGUAGUUAAAAAUACAAUUUAAUAACUAUUUACA